CCCGCCACCACGAGCGGGAGGAGGAGGAGGAGGGAGACAGGGAGGGAGGCAGGUCCGGCGGCCCUCUCGGGUACCCCCAGCGGCGAGGGAAAGAUGGCGACGCUGGGAGGCGAGUCGCAGCCCUUCCCCGCCUCUGCUCUGGCAGCGGCGAGUGGGGUGGGCGGCGGCGGCGGCGGCAGCGGGGCGCUGGGUCUGCAGGCGCCGCUGAACCGCGGUCUGGAGCGGGCGCUGGAGGAGGCGGCGCACUCCGGGGGGCUCAACCUGAGCGGCAGGAAGCUGAAGGAGUUCCCGCGCAGCGCCGCCGCCCUCAGCCACGACCUCUCCGACACGGUGCGGGCAGAUUUAUCCAAGAACAGAUUAACUGAGGUUCCUAUGGAGUUGUGUCAUUUUGUGUCACUGGAAACACUAAAUCUAUACCACAAUUGUAUUAAAAAUAUACCAGAUGCCAUAGUAAACUUGCAAAUGCUAACUUAUUUAAAUUUGAGUCGAAAUCAGCUUUCUUCUUUGCCAGCUUGCCUGUGUGGUCUUCCUCUAAAAGUCUUAAUUGCAAGUAACAAUAAGCUAGGUUCUCUUCCAGAAGAGAUAGGUCAGCUAAAACAGUUAAUGGAAUUGGAUGUCAGCUGUAAUGAAAUCACGGCUUUGCCACAGCAGAUAGGCCUGCUGAAAUCUUUAAAAGAACUGAAUGUCCGAAGAAAUUACCUCGAAGUUUUACCCCAAGAACUAGUGCAUCUUCCCUUGGUAAAGUUUGACUUUUCCUGCAAUAAAGUGCUUGUGAUUCCAAUUUGUUUUAGAAAGAUGGUGCAGUUACAAGUAUUACUGCUUGAGAAUAAUCCUUUGCAAUCUCCACCAGCACAAAUUUGUACAAAGGGUAAGGUGCAUAUAUUCAAAUAUUUGACUGUGCAAGCCUGUCAGAUUAAAACAGCAGACUCGCUGUAUCUUAAUGCCAUAGAACCACAGCAUUUACCACAACCUGUGGAAGAGAGCAUUGAUGACAUCUACCCAAGUAAAAAGGACUCAGAUUCAGGUGUUGGUAGUGAUAAUGGUGAUAAACGUUUGUCAGCAACAGAGCCAUGUGAUGAAGAUAAUGUCAGCUUUAAUGUUCCAAUGUCAGACAUCAUGGAAGAAGAUCAUAUUAUAAAGGAAGAUUCAGCUCAUCAUGCUAACUCAAGAAAAGUGGAAUUCCAUCAAGGAUCUUCUCACUUGAUUGUCAAUGAUAAGUCAAGAGAAACAGUAAACCAGUUCGAUGAAUCGGAUACUCUUACUACUGAAUUUAUGAGUUACAUGAAGAGCAGAGCAGCGGAGUGUGAUGAAUUAUUGAGAAUAGAAGAGGACAUACAAUGGCAAACAGACGAAAUACUAAAUUUAUCAGAAGAACAAACUAUUGAUAUAGCAGUGAUAGAACAACUAAGAGAAGCAGUAGAUUUAUUACAAGAUUCCAACAGUGGUCAAAUACAGAUGGAGAUGGCUUCCCUUGGUCAGAGAGAAAAUGCUGAAGAGGAACUAGAAUUUCAGAGGAGGAGGGAGUUGAUUAUGGAGAAAGCAAAGCCUGAAGCGAGAACUUGUGAACACAGUGAAAAAUGGUCAUUAAGUCAGAAUGAUCUAAUUGUUUGGAAUACAAGUGGACAAACCUCUCACAAUGAGAAUAAGGAUAAAAGUCCAGCAAUGUCUCCAACUACAAACACCACAAUCCCUUUUGGCCUGAAGCCACGAUCAGACCCAUCCCUCAGUUUUCCUCCUAUCUCCUUCAACACACUUACACAGGCACAAACAUGGGACAACUUUAGCUACAGUAUCCCAUCUGAAGGAGACAGUGACAAUGUGUUCUUAAGACCACAAAGAAAUUUGGAAUCGAUAGACCCACAAUUUACAAUUCGAAGGAAAAUGGAGCAGAUGAGAGAAGAGAGAGAGCUUGUGGAACAGCUACGUGAGAACAUAGAAACAAGACUAAAGAUUUGUUUGCCUGAAGACCUGGGGUCAGCUCUGAUGGAUGGUGUCGUUCUCUGCCAUUUAGUAAAUCACGUUCGCCCUCGGUCUGUAGGAAGUAUUCACGUACCUUCACCAGCAGUACCUAAACUUAGCAUGGCCAAAUGCAGGAGAAAUGUGGAAAACUUUUUGGAUGCAUGUAGAAAACUGGGGAUACCAGAGGAAAAGCUCUGCCUACCACAUCACAUCCUAGAAGAAAAGGGCUUGGUAAAAGUGAGCAUAACAGUUCAAGCAUUGCUAGAUGUAACCACAGUGAAACAAGCUUUAUUCACAUGAAACUACUCUCUCUGCUGUUACCAGCUCCACUGUGCCGUGAAAGAAUCAAAAAACUGCCCAUCUGUUCAAACUGCAUGGAAAAAAACCCCAAUACUCCAAGAGUAUUCUUACACUUUAAAUUUUAAAACCAUGUUUCAGACUGUACGUAUGUGUCAAACUACAGAGCAGAAACGAAACAGAAACAUUUUCUAGAAGAAGUUGGCGCUUCACUGCUUUUACACGUCACUUUGUACAGUACUUACUAAAACAACCACCUCUCUGCCACUUAAAAAUGUGUGGAGCACACAGCUGUCUUGCAGCAAGAUACCUUCGUAUUAUUAAACUAAGAAUCGCUGUAAUCAUUUGGGGGGAGGGAGAAGGGAGAGUAAAUCAGACUGCUACCAUGGUAGGUUUUUCUGCAGUUGCGUCAGGCUAUUGCCUUUUAAAAAAAUCCAGACAUAAAAUAUUUAUAUAAAUAUUAUUUAUUAGUGAGUUGUUAUUCAUCCUUUGGAUGCAGAAUGUAAAUUAGGAAACUGUAUUUUAUUACUGCUUUUUUUGUGGUUAAACACUUUAUUUUAAUAUAAAUACUUAGUUAUUUUUUAUUCUACUUGGUGUGCAGUAGCUCUAGAUCUUCGUAAAUUGUAUUUUCUAACGUAAGAUAAAAAAAAGCAAACAAUAGGUGCUUUUAAUAAAAGAACAGCUAGCUGGAAUGGAAUUCUUUAUUUCUUGAAUCUGUGGAACAUUGGUAAAAAAUUCCAUUCUGCCUUCCACUGAGUUUCCUACAUUCCAGUAGCACUUCUCCCCUCACUCCACUAAAUCGGCUGAAACUGAGAGCACACCCAUUUUAUUUGUAUAUAGAUGUUUAAAAACAAACAAACAAAAAAAGGAAAUAUGUAAACUUGAACAAUAAAUGUGAA